AGAUGGACGUCGUUGUUGAGUCGAAAGGGCAUCACGCCUUUUAGACGCGAGGAAACGAGCUCAGAGAUUCUAAAAUGUACUGUACUACAUUUUCUCAUAUAUAGUAAGUAGUACAGUGUAACGAUAGGGUAAAACUGCUUAUCCAAUAGAAAUCCCCGAUCGCGCUUGUAUGCAAUGCCAUGGGGACAGUGUCUUCCGGUCGUCUCACACCGAACUGCGCAUGUAAAGGCUGUCAACUCCUUCCUUCGAUAUAAAGUUGUUUUUGACGAAAAUUAAAACGUGUCAGUUUGUCACUUUCUCGAGGUUGGAGUAAGAACAUGUUCAACUACUUAAAACAAUGUCUCUAAUCUAGGUUUUGCCUUUUAUAUUUCUAGAAAAUUAAUAAUUUAGGAAAUACUUUCACUUCUCUCAUUGACUUCUCAAAAACCCGACCUAUAGUCUGUUUCACAAGCAUUCCCGGAAGAAUUGCGAUGCGGCGCCUCUGGGCGUAAAAACUCUGUGCUUCACGUUCUCCAUCACCCCGCCUACACAUUCCAAAAGGUGAUUGACCGAACCCCGACGUGUCCAAUGAGGAAAGUAUUUUCGGUUGAGUGCGAGUAGUUUGGGAUUUCAUUGGGGGAAGGACUUCCUUCAUAGUUGCUGUUGGAUGGAGGCUGCGCUGCGUAGGUGACACGUAACUAAAAUUGAAAGUGUUUGUAGGCCUCCUAAAUAUCGGGAUUUUGAUUUCUAUUAUACAGGGAUGGACAAAAUCUGAACGCGUUGCAAUGGGAAUCUGUUACAUCCGGUCCGGUUUUGUUUCCGAAUAGAGUGAGCAUUGCUUCUAUAUUAAUAAGCACAAUGACAAAGUCUGCUUCUCAUGAAAUAUCGGAGAGAGUUUGCUGUGUGUAGUGUUGUCAAACGAAAAUCCAAGGAAAAGUUGUUUUUUUUAAAUCAAAUAAAAAACCGAUUCCUUCGUGGAUGUGGCUACGCCGUUUUGUGGGCCAAAAUGAAUCCAACAUAUUCACUCAACUUGCCACAUCUCUAAAGUGUUUCUGCUCCCUCUGUUUAAUAAUGCUUGGGGACGACUGAGGUGAAGAAGGGGUAGUUAAUAGUAGAAAGUUUAGACAAAGUUAGCACACAAGUGACCCGACGAUCGCUUGUGCAGGCGGCGGGGAGAGGAGCGAUUCAAUCAUGGGGAACGGAGUGUGUUCUCGGAGGCAGCGGAGAAUCUUCCAGUCUCUCCUUCUCAUCACGGUGCUUUUCGGAAUGAUUUAUGGCGGGAUGAUAUCGUAUGAGAUGCACAAUCAGUUGAAGAGGACUGAGGCGAUGGCUGUCAAGUACCAGCAACAUCAAGAGUCGCUCUCGGCGCAGCUUCAAGUGGUGUAUGAGCAUCGUUCGCGUCUAGAGAAGUCUCUGCAGAAGGAACGUAUGGAGCACAAGAAGGCCAAAGAGGAUCAUCUGGUGUAUAAACUUGAAGCCCAACAGUCACUGAACACGGAGAAGCAGGACUCCAGCAAUAAAUUCAACUCUUUACAUGGACAGCACCAGAUGCUGAAACACACACACGAGGACCUGAAGAAGCAGCACGAUGAGCUGCAGGAGCAGCAUCAGAUUCACACACACACACACAAGGCCAGGGUCAGCCAGCACAAGGACCGCUACCCACAAACUAGGCAGCAGACCAAAGAGCUGGAAGCCCCCAAACCAAAGGAGAAUGUGUAUAACCUGCGAGAGGAGAAUAAGCAGCUGAGGAAAGCUCACCAGGACAUCCGAGUCCAGUUGCAGGAUGCACGGAUAGUACAUAAGGACUUGAAGGCUGCCCAUGAUCAGCUUGCACUGACACUAGAGGACCACAAGAUGGCGCUGGUUGCAGCUCAGGUCCAGGUGGAUGAGUUUAAACAACUCAAAGAGACCCUGAUCAGAAUGCCCGGCCUUCAACAUGAUCAAAACCCCUCCCACCAACAUGUCCAGCCAGCUGCUGUAUUGGCCAAGCCCCAUGAACAGGGCCCACCCUCUCCACAGUCAGCUGCCUUAUUCGCUGAGCCCCGCGUAGAAGCACACACCCAUGAGGAAGACCAUGGAGACACACAAUCCAGGCAUCUGCAGGAAGAGGAAGUGGGCAAGCCAGAGUUCCAGUCCCGCCAUGCCGAGAAAGAGGGAUAUGGGGAUGCAGAGGGUGAGGCAGAGAGGAGGAGAGAGCUGGAGGAGGAAGAAAUGGAGCAGGCAGGGCAGCCCCAGAAGCUGGAGGAGGAAGAGAUGGAGCAGGCAGGGCAGCCCCAGAAGCUGGAGGAGGAGGAGAUGGAGCAGGCAGGGCAGCCCCAGAAGCUGGAGGACGAGGGGUUGGAGGAGGAACAAGACCAGCCAGACAACAACGCUCUGGACCGUCAGAGACGCCAACCACAACUGGAUCCACAAAAUGACAUCCACCUCGUCCCUGAGACCCACCUUCAGCAGGAGGCCCACGUGACCCAGGAGCGGGUGAAGUCUGCCUACGAGCAGCAGCAGGAGCAGCAGCGCCUGGAGGCUGAGAGGACCCAGAGGACGAGGGAGCUCCAGCUGCGCCAGGAGGCCCUGCUGGCCCAGAGAAUGACCGUGCAGAGGGAGAGAGAGCUGCGUCUGCGAGCUCAGCGUGCGAGAGAGGAGGAGCAGCAUCGAGAGGCGGACCGUCGGGAACAGCUGCUGAAGGAGGAGCAGAUCAGGAAGAAGAGUAACUAUGAGAACGUGGACAAUGACAUCGUCCAAGGUGAUGAAGAACCUCAUACUGAUGAUGACGAAGAGAGGGACCCUCACAUGGAGCAUGAUGAGGAGGAGCAAGAUGAGGAGGACCGCCGCCGAGUACCACAACUACAGGAGGGGGCGGUAGAGGGCGACCCAGAGGAUGACCCUAAUAACCAGGGAGAGGAUGAGUUUGAUGUGGCAGAGGAGCAGCGUCUUCAGCAUAGGGAGGAAGAGGAGCCAGACACGCACCCUAACCCCAAUCACCCAGCCGUAGAUGAGGAACUGGUGAUGGCGGUAAACCCCGACCAGCAGGAAGACAACCGGGAUGAGAUGUAUCCGGAGGACGAGGUACAGGAGGAUUUGGCCGGGCAGAAGAGGGAGGAGGAGGAGGAGCCAUACGAGGAGAACGAAGAACACGAAGAUGUGAAAGAGCAAGAGGUCCCAGCAGAGAAAGAGGGAGAACACAGGACAGGAGAGAUCCACGAGGAGGAGAACUACGAAGACGAGGUGGGGGUUGGACGGGACGAGCGGCCCAAUCGAAGGGAGAUGUGA